AAGUGCUCAUUGUCAAUGCUGCUGGCUAACAUGUCACAGUGACAACUGCACCCAAACAAGAGUUUAUAAGAUAUCAGCUAGUUCUCUGUUUACAAUUUGCUCUUAAUUCUAAAACAUCUGACUUGAACUGAAUCGAAAACACAGCUAUGUGCAGCUGUGUGCGGAGCUCCAGGGCUCUGUCCCCUGUCCUGCUCCCCAGGCUGCUGCCUCCACAGACCGGCUACAGACUGGCUGGCAGGGGUCUCUGGACCUCCCCCCACCUCUUCACUGUCAGUGGAGACUCCCAGCUGCUCCCACUGCCUGGCCAGGCCCGUGUGGUGAUCUGUGGAGGAGGUAUUGUGGGCACAUCAGUGGCUUACCAUCUGGCCAAGUUAGGAUGGACUGAUAUAGUGCUGCUGGAGCAGGGCAGACUUGGUGCAGGUACGACCAGACUGUGUGCUGGCAUUGUCAGCGUCGCUAAGCCAAUCUCCAUUGAGUGUAAAAUGGCCAACUAUUCCAACACGCUUUAUGAACAGCUGGAGGGAGAAACUGGUGUUAAAACAGGUUAUGUGAAGACAGGCUCUUUGUGUCUGGCCCAAAAUCAAGAUCGCUUUAUCUCUCUAAAGCGCUUAGCAUCCAGGCUAAAAGUAAUGGGGAUCAGCUGUAACAUCGUUAAGCCUAAAGAUAUAGCUAAACUACAUCCUCUUGUUAACAUUCAUGACCUGGUGGGGGCGCUCCAUCUGCCUGGGGAUGCUGUGGUAUCUCCGCCAGAUGUUAACCACGCCCUAGCUGUUGGUGCAGCUGGUCAAGGGGUUCAGAUUCUAGAACGAACCACUGUCCAGCAGGUUCUGGUAGAGAAAGGGCACGUGAUGGCCGUUGAAACAGACCGUGGCUCCAUUGAGUGUGAAUAUUUUGUCAACUGUGCUGGACAGUGGGCUUAUGAGCUGGGCCAGGCUAGUGAGAUGAAGGUGUCGGUUCCUCUUCAUGGCUGCGAACACUUCUACCUCCUGACCAAACCUCUACAAGAGGCAGUUCCACCCAGCACACCAGUGGUGAUUGACAUGGACGGCAGAAUAUAUGCACGGCAGUGGCAUGGGGGCUUUCUGUCGGGGGGCUUUGAGAAAAACCCUAAACCCAUCUUCACUGAGGGUCGGAACCAGCUGGAGAUCCAGAACAUGCAGGAGGACUGGGACCACUUUGAGCCCAUGCUCACUUCAUUGCUGAGGAGAAUGCCAAGUUUGGAGUCAGCUGAGAUCCAUCAGCUGGUCAACUGUCCAGAGUCCUUCACCCCUGAUAUGCGCUGUCUGAUGGGAGAAACACCGGGUGUUUCUGGCUACUAUGUGCUGGCAGGAAUGAACUCCUCUGGCCUGGCCUUUGCUGGAGGAGCUGGAAAGUACCUGGCAGAAUGGAUGACGUAUGGGUACCCCACUGCCAAUGUCUGGCCACUAGACGUCAAACGAUUUGGUAAUCUACAGAGCAGCCGAACCUUCCUGCGACACCGUGUAAUGGAAGUUAUGCCUCUGCUGUAUGAACUGAAGGUCCCCCGAUGGGACUUUCAGACUGGACGGCAGCUGAGGACCAGCCCUCUAUAUGAUCGUCUGGACACCCAGGGGGCUCGCUGGAUGGAGAAACAUGGUUUUGAGAGACCCAAGUACUUUGUUCCUCCAGGGAAAGACCUGCUCUCUCUGGACCAGAGUAAAACCUUCUACAAGCCAGAUUGGUUUGACAUUGUUGGAGCAGAAGUGAAAUGCUGCAAAGAGGCUGUCUGUGUCAUCGACAUGUCCUCUUUUACCAAGUUUGAACUCACAUCAACAGGAGACCAGGCCCUUGAACUGCUGCAACAUCUGUGUGCAAAUGACCUCGAUGUUCCGGUCGGACACAUCAUCCACACUGGCAUGUUGAACGAAAGGGGAGGCUAUGAGAACGACUGCAGCGUGGUCCGUCUAAGCAAGAACAGCUUUUUCAUUGUGUCUCCAACAGACCAGCAGGUUCAUUGUUGGUCUUGGAUAAAGAAACACAUGCCCAGUGAUCCACACCUCCACCUAGAGGAUGUCAGCUGGAAGUACACAGCUUUAAAUCUGAUUGGUCCUCGUGCAAUGGAUGUUCUGGCUGAGUUGUCAUAUGUUUCCAUGACACCUGACCACUUCCCAUCCAUGUUCUGUAAGGAGAUGAGUGUGGGUUACGCCAAUGGGAUCAGAGUAAUGAGUAUGACUCACACAGGAGAGCCAGGGUUUAUGCUCUACAUCCCUAUAGAGUAUGCUCUGCAUGUGUACAAUGAGGUGAUGUCAGUGGGUCAGAAGUAUGGGAUUCGUAAUGCAGGGUACUACGCUUUACGCAGUCUGCGCAUAGAGAAAUUCUUUGCCUUCUGGGGCCAAGACCUUGAUGCCUUCACUACCCCGCUGGAGUGUGGACGUGAGUUCAGGGUAAAGUUUGAUAAGGACACAGAUUUCCUUGGUCGUGAAGCCUUGCUGCAGCAGCGUCAGGACGGCGUGACUCGGAGGUUUGUUAUGCUGGUUCUAGAGGACCAUGACACUGAGCUGGACCUGUGGCCAUGGUGGGGUGAACCCAUCUACCGUAAUGGUCAGCUGGCUGGUACGACCACCAGCAGCGCCUACAGCUACACCCUGGAGCGCCAUGUGUGUCUGGGCUUUGUAUCUCCACCGCCAGGCCCAGAGGGGCUGCCGACACCCAUCACUCCAGACUUCAUCAACCGUGGGGACUAUGAGGUGGACAUUGCUGGCCAGCGCUACCCAGCUAAAGCCAAACUGUACCCCUUCAGCUCCCUGUUCACCCAACAGAAGCGCCGCAAGGAUGACCUGGAGCUCAGCAACCUACAGGGGAAGUGAUGUGGAGUUUUGGAAGGCUUCACUUUUGCCUCAUAUAGAGGCUUCUGAGACACUCCAGUUCACCAAAUCCUCUCCAGCACUUUCCUCACAGUGCCAACCCGUGCUCCCUUUUCUAGGUCCCAGACAGAGGGCUGAUUGUACAAUCACUCCAUAUCUUUGACUUGCACACUGCAUCUCCCUCUUUCAAAGUGCAAUAUUAAAGGAGGCACCAAAUACUUGAUCUGUAUCAAACACAGUGCUCCCAUGUUACCAGAUUCAGCCCUUUCCUGCUUCACUCUCAUAUACUCGAAUGGCUGCCUCACUGGGUUUAAGUGCCUUUGUUAAGGCAACAUCAGCAUUAGCUGUCAAGGACUCUGGUCUUUAUUCUCUCUCUCCCCCCCCCAUUCAGAAGGGAUUUGAAACGACAAUCUCAAGUUGAAUGGACACUCUAAAGUUUCAGCACUGCACAGACACUGAAAAGUCCAAAAUGACUUUCAUUCUGUGCUGAUGUGACAUUGCCUAAAGAGUGAAUUUGUUGACUUUCAGAGUUCACUUUUCUGAGACAGGUCCUUGAAUGGAAACUUACUAUCUUGGAAUUCAGGUCAUUUUUUUAAGAUCUGAGGAGUAGUGGUCAAAUAAAAAUAUUCAUCAGUUUGUUCAGCUUCCAGGCAGGUUAUGACCAAAUUUUAAGGUACUUUUGGCAGCUUAUUGGUGGUCUACAACUUGGUCCUGUUAUUUUUGUGAAACCUUAAUGAACCUCUCCUACAUUUUCCAUGUGGAGCUUUUACAACCAAGAUAUAUGGACUAAAAUCUGAAAACACAAAUGAUGAAACUGCAGGGUAAAUCUGAGCCAAAGGGGGUGAUGCGAAUGCUUGACUGAAGGGACACACCCGAUAAAUCUGUGUCCAGGCACAGAUUAGUAAAUUAUUAUUUAACAGCAGUAAUAAGAAUGAGUUGAGAAUUGGGAGAUUCCAUGAUUUUCCUGCUUGUAAUCAACAUGUGGAUACAUCUUUCCAUACUCAUGGUUAGUCAUUUUGGAUUGAUCAUUCUGAGGUUUUGGUCCAUGAAUUGUGACAGAAAAUGCUGCAUAUGACAAAUCUAGGGUAUGCAACUGCGUAUGUGCAUCAUUUCAGAAAAAAACUAGACUGUUGUAGAGCUCUAAUAUGCUCCAUCACAUGCUUACAAUAGAUACGUGGAACUAAGCUAUAGAUUUGACAUAAGGAUUUGAAAUUACUGCAGACAAAAGUGCGUAAAAGUUUGGGUAUCACCUGGUUAAUCUGAAAUAAAGUUGGAUGAUUAUUUCUGGUUGACCACUACUAAAAAGUUGGAAAGUAUGGCUAAUUCUCAGGUAAUAUGUUUCCAGCAGUUGGGCCUGUCUUAGACAACAUGGCUGGUAUCAUAGUACACGUUGUAAAUUUGUUGCUGUGAGUGAUGUGAUGUGUAGAGUGGUGUGGCCUGAUUCAGAUUUACUGUCCGCUACAUUACACAUAACAGUGAAUGAACAUAUCCUUCUCAGAUGAGGAGAAAGGCAUGGACAAACAUCCUGGUGUCACAUGUUAGUAAACAGUUAAGUAUCCUGAUAGAGUAUAACCUGUCUUGUUUAAAAAGCAACAAAAAAAAAGCUUCCCAGUUUUCCUAAUGCCUCAAAGGGAAAAAUAACAAAACUCUUUGACGAUGUUUCCAUGGACAGUCAGCUGUUCCGAUGUUAUUUUGCUGUGUCCAGCUCGUGGUAAUGUUCGUAUGGUAAUAUAUCUGAAACUCUUAUUUAUGUUUUGUGUUUUUUUCCGAAGCAGCGUUGUCGUUUUAAUGCUGAGGUCUUAUUUUGUUGAUGUUUGGUUGAAUGUGUGGCCAUUGAGAGACAGUAGAAUGGUUGGUGUGUUGGCUGAAGUCUACACUAUCGUACAGGGGUGAUUUGAUUUGUUGUUUUGUUUUUUUUUCCCCGAUCAGAGUUGAGAUGUCUGUAAGAAAAGAAAGGGAGAAGUUCGUUGAGAUUUGAAAUAAAGCAAUGUAUUUUUGUAACUAGUGUGUAUGAGAUCUAUUUUCAGUACUGCACAUAGUCAAGUUUCUAUAUCAAGUUUUAAGUUAUAUCGAACUAUCUAUGCUUUGAUCAGCUGCAGUUAUCUGCAGUGGUGUGACAGUUGUCUUCAUGUGCAUUUGAGGUUGGACUGGAGGUGUAGUCGAGAUGUUGUCUUAUUGUUUUGUCGCACAUCAGUUAAGUCUGUCUUUGGUACAUCCGCUGUGUUUCCGAGUAUGAGCAGGUUUUGUGUCUGAAACUAAAACAUCACCGCACUCACCUUAACCUGAAAUCUGACAGUUUGCAGCUACAUGAGACAUUAAAGUGUACCUGUACUGGUCAUAAUUGACAUUAAUUGUAAUUUGUGUGUUACUUAUAAGCAAGAGAAGCACAAAUUCAGU